ACGUUCCAUCUUCAGAGCAGCCUGAACUGUUCCUAAAGAAACUUCAACAGUGCUGUGUCAUUUUUGACUUCAUGGACACGCUUUCAGACCUUAAAAUGAAAGAAUACAAGCGCUCCACUCUUAAUGAACUGGUGGACUACAUUACAAUAAGCAGAGGCUGUUUGACAGAGCAGACUUACCCUGAAGUAGUUAGAAUGGUAUCUUGCAAUAUCUUCAGAACUCUCCCACCUAGUGACAGCAAUGAAUUUGAUCCAGAAGAAGAUGAGCCCACCUUGGAGGCAUCGUGGCCACAUUUACAGCUUGUAUAUGAGUUUUUCAUACGAUUUUUGGAAAGCCAAGAAUUUCAGCCCAGCGUUGCCAAAAAGUACAUAGAUCAGAAAUUUGUAUUGCAGCUGUUGGAGCUGUUUGACAGUGAAGAUCCUCGAGAACGAGACUACCUAAAAACAGUCUUGCACAGAAUUUAUGGCAAGUUUCUGGGUCUUAGAGCAUUUAUCCGAAAACAGAUUAAUAAUAUUUUUCUACGAUUUGUUUAUGAAACUGAACACUUCAAUGGCGUAGCUGAACUGUUGGAAAUUUUAGGAAGUAUUAUCAAUGGUUUUGCUUUACCUCUUAAGGCAGAGCAUAAACAGUUUCUGGUGAAGGUGCUGAUUCCUUUACAUACUGUCAGGAGUUUAUCACUCUUCCAUGCACAGCUGGCGUAUUGCAUAGUACAGUUUCUGGAGAAAGACCCCUCACUCACAGAACCAGUCAUCAGAGGUUUAAUGAAAUUCUGGCCAAAAACGUGCAGUCAGAAAGAGGUCAUGUUCCUUGGAGAGCUGGAGGAAAUCUUGGAUGUAAUUGAACCAUCACAAUUCGUCAAAAUCCAGGAACCCUUGUUUAAACAAAUUGCCAAGUGUGUCUCUAGCCCUCAUUUUCAGGUGGCUGAAAGAGCGCUGUAUUAUUGGAAUAAUGAAUACAUCAUGAGUUUGAUAGAGGAGAAUUCAAAUGUUAUACUUCCCAUCAUGUUUUCCAGCCUUUAUAGGAUUUCUAAAGAACACUGGAAUCCGGCUAUUGUGGCUUUAGUCUACAAUGUGUUGAAGGCAUUUAUGGAAAUGAACAGCGCCAUGUUUGACGAGCUGACAUCCACUUACAAGUCAGAUCGUCAGCGUGAGAAGAAGAAAGAGAAAGAGCGUGAAGAACUGUGGAAAAAACUGGAGGAUUUGGAAUUAAAGAGAGGUCUUAGACGUGAUGGAAUAAUUCCAACUUAACAAAAAAACAAAACAACGUUAUUAACCUGUGGAGUCACACAUUUAUGUAGUAGAAGAUGGAGCAACAGUUUUCUGUAUUGUGCAACUUUACAGUAGAUUUCACAUUUGUUUCAUUAUUACAACAGCACUGUAUAUACCUGUCUCUAAAUAAAGGAAAAAAAAUAAGGACUUUAAUCCAAAGUUUGGACAGCAGAUGGACUUCUCAGAACUUUGCAAACAUAAUCAUUGUUUUAACCCUUCUUUAAAACCAGUCUUCAAAGAUCUGUUGAUGAAAAUUGCGAUGUCAAAUUCCAUUGUCAGGACCUGUUCCUUAUUUAUCAUUAGCAGAGAGUAUAUUACAACUUUCAAAUGUGAACAAUCUUAAAAUUUAGCUUGUCUUUCUGCUAAACUGUUAAGUGUAUUUAUAGUAAAAGAGAAGAAAGACUGUCAUUUCCUUAUGAGUUUGUGUAACAUCCUCCUUCUCUGGAUAACUUUACUGUAAUUUGACUUUUUUUCCUUUUGCACAUCUUCAUAAGUUGAAUGUCCAUUCAGAUCAGGGCCUUGAAAAACGUGGGUCCUGAAUAAAAGUUUUGUUUACUGGUGUGAGCAUUUUUUUUAGUACCAGGCUGUAUCUGGUGCUUCCUUAAUUUGAACAUUAGGAGUUAAAAAACAAGUAGGUGAUAAACAUAGUAGGAAAGGGAGCUUUGGAUUCAUGCCCCUAUUUAUUGCAAAUCCAAAUUAGUGUCCACAAUCCUUUAAAAAUGGGCAGCGGUAACACCCGGGAGUUCAGUACCUAACCAGUAUUAGUGACACGGCAUUGGACACACAUACUGGCGUUGGUUUAGGAAUACUAAUUGCUAAAUUAUUACAGUAUGUUUUUAUUGGACCAUUUUGAAAGAAUAAAGACAAACGCUAAACAGUGCAAGCAUGAAAUUGGUCUCCAGUGGCCAUAGAUCUAAUUGGAAAUUGAGUUGAGGUAGCAGUUUGGACUGUUUGGAGUUGUUGCCUUACUUUUUAAUACGUAUUUAUAAAGUGUUCCAGCAAAAGAGGAUGUAGCCUCUAAGAAACAUACUCUAGUGUUUUUGUGGUUCUAGUACUAUUACUCAUCACAGUACCAGCCCUAUGGUCUUAGCUGGAAAGGAUUCUGGAUAAUACACUUCUGCAUUCUCAUCUGGAUGCUCAUUCCUAACUACUGUAUUUGUUACCAAAAGUGGUUCUACAAAUGCUACUGAAAAAAAUUCUGGAAAUCCUAAUGUUCUGAGUAUUAAUAAUAAAGUUUAAAAUGCUUUUAUAUCAAA